AUGGCGUCCCUCCUCAUCCUCAACCCCCCUCAUCCUCCCACCCACCUCAGCCCUCACCUCUCGUCUUCCUACCCUGACUUGACAGAGAUACGGAAGCCAUACGGUAGCUCGGUGUCCCGCGGGCUUUCCACUCCAGGCCUGUCCACCCAACCGCCUGUGACGGUGCCGGAGGACGAGAUGGAGGCAGCAGGAGAGGCACAGCUCCCUGAGGCCAACGGAGUGGUGGAGAAACCAAGAGAGGAUGGUGGAGGUGCAGGAGGAGAGGAGACCAUGGAGGAGAGCACGGAAGAGAGGGAGAGCGACUUGGAUGAUAGUGAAGACGAGGAAGAGGAGGAAGAAGAGGAGAGUUCGGAGAUGGACGAUGAAGACUGUGAGCGAAGGAGAGGAGAAUGUAUUGAUGAGAUGAUGGAUCUGGAAAAACAGUUUCAUGAGCUGAAAGAGACGUUGUUUCGGGAGCGGCAGAACCAAGUGAAAGUGAAGCUGGAUGAGGUGCUGACAGGGAAGGCUGGAGAAUACAGAGAACCACUGAUUGCACUACAGGACAGCAUGCAGAUACGGACACAAGUAGCUGGAGUGUACAAAGAGCUGUGUCUGCAGGUGAUCAAGCACAAGUACGAAUGUGAACAACAAGGAGCAAAGCAGCACCUGGAGAGUGAGCGGAUGAUGCUGUUCGAUACCAUGAAGACUGAACUGCUGGAAAAGAUAAGAAGACUGGAGGAGGACAGGCAGAAUAUAGACCUCACCUCAGAGUGGAGCGAUGAGAUGAGGGGCAAGAAGUGUAAAAGGAAGAACCUGCUGGGUCGGUCGGAGAGGAAAAAGAAAGUAGCUCUGGUUUCAGGGCCUUUCAUCGUCUACAUGUUGAGAGACAUUGACAUCCUUGAAGACUGGACUGCUAUCAAGAAGGCAAAAGCAGCACUGUCACCACUAAAAAAGAAAGUUGAAAAGCGGUGAUAGGAGGAAGACCUUACCGAAGACCAAUGGCAAAGAAACCAAACUUCUCACACACACACAUUCCCAGCUACUUCCACUAACAGUCACGGUUUUGUCCCCACUGCAUCACCCAGAAGAUUACUGUGUUGUUGUUUUCCUGCACCCUUGACCCCGGCAACCAACCUCCCUAUUGCUUGUCUGUUAUCUAUUGCUAUUUAAAAUAAGUUCUUAAUGAUAUGGCGACUAUGUAUUUAUAGAAUGAUUUAUAAUGGUGAUUAAAAUUUUAAUCUUUUGUG